AUGUCUCCAAGCUCUCACAAGUGUUUUUGCCGCGUCCGACCACAAGAACCUCAUGGCCACCCCUGCUCUUCUCCACGUUCGUCGCCAGUACAGCCCUACUUCCAUUUUGUUCGUGAUGGUACACUCUACCUCGUUUACGAGCUGUGUGAUGGUGGAGAUCUCCAUUCCAUCUUAGCUGCGAGGUUCCAAACGUCGGGGUUUAUGGAGGAGAGCGAGGCGCUGUCGCUGAUGCGGCAAGUGCUGGAGGGCGUUCACUAUCUCCACUCUACCUUGGGAGUUGCCUCCGUGACUUGUCGUUGGAGAACGUCCUACUGA